UCUCCUCCUUUAUGCGCGCCUUGACUUUUGGGGUUCCAAUUUAGGGGUUCAGAUUCUCCCCCCCAAAUUUACCUUUGUUGCCUUGACUUUUUUGGGAUUCCACAUUUGGGGUUUAAGAUUCCCUUCCUUAAUUAUUUUUUGCCUUGACUUAUCCCUAAAUUAUAUUUUUAGGAGGAGCUUUUCCUUUGUAGAUUCAGCUACCUAAAUUAUAAUUUUGCUUUGACUUUUGAGAUUCCAAACUUGGAGGCAAAUUCUCCUCCCUUAAAUUAUAUUAUUUAGCAUUGACUUUUGGGAUUCCAAUUUUGGAGUGGAUCCUCCUCGCUAAAUUAUCUUUGUUUACCUUUGAAUUUGAAUUGAAAUCCCAAUUUGAAUUGCAUUCUAUUCCAGGCCUGACUGGUUACCCCUGAACCCCAUUUAUUUUUAAGAGGAGAGAAGCUUUGCCUUUGUAGAUUUUCUCUAAAUUGUCUUUGUUUACAUUGACUUUGAAUUGAAAUCCCAAUUUGAUUUUUAUUCUGGGCCAGGCCUUUCUCCCUGACUGGUUCCCUCUGAACCCCAUUUAUUUUAGCUUUUCCUCUUCAUAUUCUAUCUUCCACCCUAUAUUUACAUCUCUCACUAGCCCCCACCUUUGCAGAUUUUCCCUAAAUUAUUUUUGUUUACAUUGACUUUGAAUUGAAAUCCCAAUUUGAAUUUUAUUCUGGGUCAAGCCUUUCUCCCUCACUGAUUCCCUCUGAACCCCAUUCGUUUUAGCUUUUCCUCCUCAUAUUCUAUCUUCCGCCCUAUAUUUACAUCUCUCACUAGCCCCCCACCUGUUGCAAGGUCCCUCUUUUCCUCUUCUGGCAAUGGCUGUGGAUCCUGCCCUUCCUUUUGAGGGCGCCAAGGCCCCUUCCUCCUCCAACGGAGCCGUAUCCGAUGGCCUUCCUCCUCCGGCUUCCCUUCGAAAGGGCUCCCCUUCUUGCUCCCGCCGCCUGGUCCGCCUCCUGCGUGGCAACCUGCUGGUGGUGCUGACGGUGGCCGGCGUGGCGCUGGGGGUGGCUCUGGGCCUGGCGGUGCGGAGUCUAGCCCCGGCCCUGGGCCCCUCGCAGGUGCCCCUCUUCGCCUUCCCCGGAGAGCUGCUCAUCCGCCUCCUGAAGAUGAUCAUCCUCCCGCUGGUGGUCUGCAGUCUGGUGGCCGGCGCGGCCAGCCUGGACCCAGCGGCCUUGGGCAAGCUGGGCGGAUGGGCCAUGCUCUUCUUCCUGCUGACCACCCUCCUGGCCUCCUCCGUCGGGGUGGCCCUGGCCUUCCUCAUCCAGCCCGGAGAAGGGGCCGCCAACCCCGCCGCUCUGUCCGGUGGAUUCGCCGAGGACGUCCCCGAAGCCAAGGAGGUGGUGGACUCCUUCCUCGACCUUAUACGGAACAUCUUCCCUGCCAACCUGGUCUCUGCUGCAUUCCGAUCGUACACAACCACUUACAGGCCGCUGAUAAUUAAGAAGAAUAUAACGGAGGAAGUGGGUGUCAUCAAUGAAACCUCCAUAGAGGUCAAGGUCCCGUUGGGCAAAGAGGUGGAAGGGAUGAACAUCUUGGGCCUGGUGGUCUUCGCCAUCGUCUUUGGGAUCGCUUUGAGGAAACUCGGGCCCGAAGGAGAGAACCUGAUCAAGUUCUUCAACUCCUUCAACGAGGCCACCAUGAUCUUGGUCACCUGGAUCAUGUGGUACGCCCCGGUGGGUAUCAUGUUCCUGGUGGCUGGCAAGAUUGUGGAGAUGGAGGACGUGGGCCUGCUGUUUGCCAGCCUGGGCAAGUACAUCUGCUGCUGCCUGGUCGGCCACGCCAUCCACGGGCUUCUCCUCCUCCCCGCCAUCUACUUCGUCUUCACUCGCAGGAACCCCUACCGGUUCCUAUGGGGCAUCUUCACCGCCUUGGCCACCGCCUUCGGCACCUCCUCCAGUUCGGCCACGUUGCCACUAAUGAUGAAGUGUGUGGAGGAGAAGAACGGCGUCUCGAAGCACAUCAGCCGCUUCAUCCUGCCCAUCGGGGCCACGGUCAACAUGGAUGGGGCGGCCCUCUUCCAGUGCGUGGCCGCCGUCUUCAUCGCACAGCUCAACAACUUCCCUCUCAACUUCAUCCAAGUCAUCACCAUCUUGGUCACAGCAACGGCGUCCAGCGUUGGAGCAGCCGGGAUCCCGGCCGGAGGGGUCCUCACCCUGGCCAUCAUCUUGGAAGCCGUCGGACUUCCGACCAAUGACAUCUCUCUCAUUCUGGCAGUGGAUUGGCUUGUGGACCGUACUUGCACCGUUCUGAAUGUGGAGGGCGAUGCCUUUGGGGCCGGGCUCCUGCAGGUCUACUCGGAGCGGUCGCUGGGCAAAGCGGAGGCGGAGGAGCUGAUGGAGAUCAAGACGGAGCCCCUGGACGGGGGUGAAAAAGGGGUCGCCGCAGAGGAAGGCUCCCCUUUGAUCAAGAGGGCCGGCCCAACGCUUUCGGAGGGUGCCAAGUCAUGCGAAAAGGAAUCUGUGAUGUAACCGUCAUCGAAAGGAAAUGAACUUCUUGGGAGACCUUUUUACUUCUCCUUAUUCUCUUUUUUUAAAUGUUAGGGUUCCAGGUUUCUUUGUUUUUUUGUUUCAAGGACAACAUUCAGAUGGACUCAUCCCCUUUUUUAUUUGGUGAUGGAGACAUUUUAGCAUUCGAGGCUCUGCUUUGACGAAGUCUUAUCUCUUUCCUCGCAGUACAGUCCACUUUAGAAAACCAUUUCUUUUUAAAUACCUUAGAAUUUACUCUCCCAUUUUGACCUGGAAACUGUGUCCAGGAGGAAAAGCACUCUGCUUAUCCUCGAGAGACCCUCUCAUUUCACUUUUUGAGUUUCUGCUUUUUUAAAAAAAAACUACAUCCAAAAUCAAAGCAGGAACAAGAGAACUCAGGCUUAGUUGUUUACCUUACGUUCAGUUCAGGCAACACUGCAUUAAAGUGAGAAGCUAAGCCUUAGUUUUUAGUACUCUGGAAGUUUUUCAUGUUUCUGUUCAUGUGUUCCUGUUCAAGUUUUAUUAGUUAUACCUUCUUCAUUGUGGACUUUAAGAGUCCUUUUCAAUGGUUAGAUUUCGCUCUCUUCUUGCAGCACCAUCCACUUUUAGAAAUCCC